UCAAUUGCAACACAGGGAAAGCGAGAGAGAGAUAGAGCAGCCCUUUUUGGCCUAGUCGAAAGUGAAAAAGUCAACCACACCAACCACACCGCCAACAACAUGAAUUUCCUAGCGUUUAGUUUUGUUUCAUUGGCUGCAAUUUGUGGCUUGGCCAGCAUUGCAUUGGCAGGUCCUGUACAACAGCAUCAUCAGCAACAUCAUCAUCCGCAACAACGAUACAGCUAUCAGGGCAAACUUUACCACAGAAGUAGCAGAAACAAAAACGAUGUUUAUGAUAACAUCAGCUAUUCGUCCUCGGCGGUUGCCAAAAAUUCCGAAUCCAAUGAAAAACACAAGGAUGAAAAGAAAUGCCAGAAAGACGAUAAAGAAGAGGAUCACAUUGAAAAGCCCAUGAUGAAGGAGAAGGAAAAGAAAAAGGAGGAGGAAAAGAAAGAGGAAGAGGACGACAAACAACAGGAAAAACGUCAAGCCGAAACUCAUAGCUCAUUCGAGGAUCAUCACGAACACAAGAAUCACAUACAUCACGACUACUAUGCCCAACCUAAAUACAAGUUCGAAUAUGGUGUCAAGGAUGAAAAGUCCGGAGAUGACAAGAAUCAUUGGGAGGAGAGGGAUGGGGAUAAGGUUAAAGGCAGCUACAUUAUUAAGGAAGCCGAUGGUUCUAUCCGCAUUGUUGAAUACACGGCCGAUCAUCAUAAUGGCUUCCAGGCGGUUGUUAAAAUAAUCCCCGCCGAGAAGAAAGAAGAGGAGGGAGGAGAAAUUGAUCUUGCCAAAUAUUAUUAG